CCGAUUCCCCCAGUCGUCGCCAGUACGCGUCCAGCUCGGUGUCCUUAGGAGAGUGCGGUUCUUUCGCGGAGCACGAAACUACGCCGGGUCCGCGUAUCUCCCUCCCCUCGAGAUUCGAAGCGACGAGCCGUUUACUCUCGGGCUCGGGGAGCACGAGGCGCCUGGGUCCUUCGUCUCGUUCUCCGUGAAUUUUUUUUACGCGGCUAACUUCGCGCGGCAUCAUCGCCGCGAAGCCGGCUGUCAUCCCGACGUUCCUCGCGAUCGGUGGUCGUGUUCGUGACGUAGUCUCGACGGGCUUCCGGCGCGGCGCCCCUCGUUUUCGGAAGCGACGAGAAACCAUCGUCGGAGGGAGAGCGAGAGACGCGAUAACGGACCGUAAUCUGUCGUUCGCGCGCACGCAAGCGAGCAAGCACGACGUACGCACGCACGCACGCAAGCUCCCUCGUUCGCUCGCUCUCUCCUCUCUCUCUCUCUCUCUCUCUCUCUCUCUCUCUCGCGUCGUGCGUGCCCGUUGUCAUCGCCUAACCGGAACGAGAGCCUCUCGCGCGCGGAUCGAGCCUCGCCUAACUGCUCCUCCUCCCGGAUCCCCCGGCUGAAUCGAGCGGAUGGACCGUUCUCCUGCCGGAAACCGCUCUCCCGGAAUAUCGAUCAAAUAGACUGAACCGAGUGAACAACUAUCGCGACAGGAGCCGGGGACGGAGAAGACCAGGAGACUCGGAUAAUCGGAUAGGAAAGGAAAGAGAGAGAGAGGGAGAAAGAGUGACGGAGAGGAUCUCAACGUCAGCCAGGAUACGCGAGAAAGGCGCAGCUGAGUCGCGCGGUUAAAUCGACGCAAGUGUGGCGGUGGUUAGGGUUGCAUACGGGUGGCUGCGGUCGCCCAGGUAGUUAGGGGACUACUCGGUGCCGGUUGCCGCCUCGGUAAGGUUGCCAUCGGUGACGACGAAGACGAAGAAGACGACGAAGACGAGGACGAGGAGGAGGACGGCGGUCGUGGUGGCGGAGGAGGAGGAGGAGGCGGUGGCGGAGGAGACGGUGCCGGUGAAGGAAGCAGUGCCGGUGAAGAUAGUAGUGUUAGUGGUGUUGGCGGUGGCCAAAGUGUUUACGGUGUUUGUUGUGUCGGCUGCUGUGGUGACGACGGCCGCGGGUGCGAAGUGCGACGAAGAGGACGAGAUUAACGAGGAGGCAAGUAGGAGGAGGAGGGGGAGUAGUUGCGCCAGGAGAUCGUCUCAUCUUCCUCGGGGCGACCCGGCCGCUAUCCGGCCGCGCUGUUUGGCAGCAGCAGGUGAUACAGCAAGUGCGUGAGGGUGGCAUUUGUGAAGGCAACGUGUAGCAAGAUGGGCUGUGCCAUGUCCGCGGAAGAGCGGGCCGCUCUGGCUCGCAGCAAGCAGAUCGAGAAGAAUCUCAAGGAGGAUGGCAUCCAAGCGGCCAAGGAUAUCAAGCUCCUGCUGCUUGGAGCGGGCGAGUCCGGCAAGAGUACUAUCGUGAAACAAAUGAAAAUUAUCCACGAGAGCGGCUUCACGCCGGAAGACUUCAAGCAGUACAAACCCGUCGUAUACAGUAACACGAUACAAUCUCUAGUCGCUAUUCUCAGAGCAAUGCCUAACCUGGGCAUCAGUUUUUCAACCAACGAGCGAGAGACGGACGCAAAAAUGGUGUUCGACGUAAUACAAAGAAUGGAAGACACGGAACCUUUUAGUGAAGAAUUAUUGGCGGCUAUGAAGAGGUUGUGGUCCGACAAUGGAGUACAGGAGUGCUUUGGCAGGAGCAACGAGUAUCAGUUGAACGACUCCGCGAAAUACUUCCUGGACGACUUGGAUCGAUUAGGAGCCAGGGAAUAUCAACCAACAGAACAGGAUAUUCUCAGAACCCGAGUGAAAACGACAGGAAUCGUGGAAGUCCACUUUUCUUUCAAAAACCUCAACUUCAAAUUAUUUGACGUUGGUGGUCAGAGGAGCGAGCGUAAGAAAUGGAUUCAUUGCUUCGAGGAUGUGACUGCAAUUAUUUUUUGUGUGGCAAUGUCCGAAUACGAUCAGGUUUUGCAUGAGGAUGAAACGACGAACCGAAUGCAAGAGAGCUUAAAGUUGUUUGACUCGAUCUGCAACAACAAAUGGUUUACCGACACCUCGAUUAUUCUCUUCCUGAACAAGAAGGAUCUUUUCGAAGAGAAAAUCCGCAAGUCUCCUCUUACAAUCUGUUUUCCCGAAUACGCUGGUGCGCAAGAGUACGGCGAAGCGGCUGCAUACAUCCAGGCGCAGUUCGAAGCGAAGAAUAAAUCGACCACGAAGGAGAUCUACUGCCAUACGACCUGUGCCACCGACACGAACAACAUUCAAUUUGUGUUCGACGCAGUCACAGACGUCAUUAUCGCUAAUAAUCUGCGCGGCUGCGGUCUCUAUUAGGCUAAUUCUGUAUUCUACGUUAAGCGCAAACGGAGGAGGAAAACGUUACCACGACACGACUGGCCGGACGACAUAUUUCAGCAGGUUCGAAGCUUGUUUCGAUUCCAUUCCGGCUCGAGAAAGAGAGAGAAAGAGAGGGACGAUUCCUUUCGUUACCAACGCUAAACAGAACGUAGCGGAACGCGUUUAGUUUGUCUUGUCUUAUAUUAACGAAUCCGAGAAGUCGACAUCAUUCAAUGGUUCGUGAUGUCGAGAAACGGCACGCUCCUCGGCAAUGUGGAAGAACGAUCGAUUAUGGAGGGAACGCAUGUUUUAAGAAUGAGCCAUUGUUGGCUCCGAUUCUCUUGGGCGGAAUAGAUGUCGUUUUCCCAGGAAACGAGAUCGAAGCGAUCGAGGGCGGAUUCGUUGGCAACGUCUACGUUCUUAAUUCACGCGGAGAAAAAUGAAGGGAAUUUUAAUUAUUCGCUCGCAUUUUUACAACCCGUUUUCUCUCCAUGGUGAAAAAUGUGUCGCAGAACGCGCGCAUUGUUUGACCAUUAACGGCAAUGAAAAUGCGAGGAUCCUGAUACGAAAAUAGAGAUCUCUAGUCGCGAAUUAAUCGAUCGCGAUAGCAUCAUCUUGUCCUCUUGUGAACAUCGAGAUUGCUCGAGCAUUUUUGUACCGCGAUCUUCGGCUUCGUUCUCGUUUCUCGAGACACGCUCGAGCAUUCCAUGACGCAAAGAAAAAAAGAGAGAAAAGUCAUGCGUGCGCGCCACGCACACGAGUCGAAAUCUUUACUCACAACUUUCGCACACAGAUUAUUAAGCGCACUCAAAGUUCUGUUUAUAUACACAUGUUUAGAUAUUCUCUUACGUCUCUUUUCAUUCAACGGCACAUCCGCACAUUCGCGAUUGGACGUAUUUCCCGAGAGUCCUUUCCAGAUUUGCAUUUUGAUAAAUAGAGAAGGCAACUGAAAAGCGGCGCAUUUUGUAACGUAAGAGUGUAAUGUAUCGAUACUGCGAAGUUUCCAAGCUCGAUUAAUUAUUUCUAUAUCAAUAUAACGUUAGAUUUACUUUUUUUUUUACUUUACGUCAUUUCCAUACCGCAUAAUUGCUGUACAGUUAAUAUAACGAUCACGCACACGGGAUAUUCCUGCGCACAGAAACUGAUUAUAGGCACAGAUAUCGAUCUAUACGCACAUAUUACACGCAUAAUUAUUUCGCAGCGGAAAAGUUGAUUCCUUUAUUAAUGAUCAUCACUGUGAGUCAUGUGUCAAUAUACUUUUAUCAUCAUACAUGUACACGAAUAUACAGAAUAUAUACGAGAUAUCAACCUGAGAAAUCUUCGCAACGUUGAAUCAUCCGUUCGCUUUGAAAAAUAUAUCCCGAAUAGAAAUAUUAGAAGAAAGUGAAAAAAAUUGUGUCAAAUCUCUAUGAAAUAAUUUGCAGAAUCUUAUUUGCGCGCGCACGGAAUAUAUUGCAGAUAUCAAAGAAACUUUUUGCGGAAUAGCGAGACUUCUUACGAGAUAUUUGACGUUGUUAUCGACAUUACUGAUAGUGAUUCAAGAUUUCACUGUCACAAGCAGAAACGACACACGUGUAUGCAUGAGCGUGUACAAUUUUUGGGACAUCCUGCGCAACAAAUGCGAAACAAAUGCUAUAGCGGGGAAUCCUGAGAGUGUAUUUUUCUAAACGCUUCGUUUUCUUCCUUUUCGUUUUUUCUAUGGGGUGUAUCGACAAUACCGCUGAUUAAGUUCAAUAUACGGGGGGGGGGGGGGGAAGAGAGUGACGGAUGGAUGAGAGGACAGGGGGAAGUGUUGUACGAGAGGAUGCACAUAUGGGACCUCAUAUUUAGGUGCGCGUAACCAGCACGUGUGUAACGUGUUCCGGGACGGGCGUGAAUCUCGUUGCGCACAAUCGUACUGUACUCGGCUAUCUCGCAUAAGCUAUAUUUUAUUACACGAGAGUUAUUGCGUUGAGAGGGGAAGAUACGGGCAAGAGAAACGGCCGGUGACGCAUCGUCACGUCGCAUCGUUCGAAUGCCACGCGUCUCCUGACGAUUAGCUUUCGCGUCGGAAUGAAAGAGGGUGAAAAGGCAACGGAGAUAGGCGCGAGUAGAAGAAUACACGCGCGUAUUAGAUCCAUUUAGAAGAAUCUGAGGAUAACACGAGACGUGAUAGAAGACAGAAGCGGAAUGGUAUGAGUAGAACACGACUUUCAAACCCGAGAGAAGAAAACGUAGAAUCUACAACUGUGUCCAAUUCGCGAUCCCAACUCGAAUCCUGUAAGACUGUGCUUCUAUGUCUAUGUCUAGUCUUGUCAGCGAGUCGACGCGUUUUUCUUCAUCUCUAAAGUCCCUGUCUGGAUAAUCAUCGUGACUUUCCUCGCCGACGCGUUUCGUCCUUCCGAUGAAGUUGGUCAGUCCAUUUCCCUUCGCGUGAUCGUAUCCGUCGCAUCGUCUUGAAAUUGCGAUUCCGUUUUGUCGUCUGAUGUCGUCACUUUGUUUGAAACCCGGGCGAGGAUAAUCAUGUCCUUGGAAGAGGAGAGACGACGACAGAUUGCCCGAUGAAAGGGUAAAUGGGAACGUGUGACUUGUACACGGUAUAUCGAGGAUGGACCAAGGGUUGUUUUUAAAGCGAGACGUUCGAAAAUAUCGGGCAUAAAUCUUGAUAUUUUGUAUUCGUUCGAUGCUUAAAAAAGAACGUAAUCUCCGAAGAUACUGAAUGAUGCAUUUUUUGAAUAUCUAAACCUCUCUAGACAUCUCUUUUAGAUUUCGGGUAUAGACUUUCUUCAGAAGUAUCGAGUAUUUCGUACCAUUGAUCACAUCAUAAUUGAUACCAACGCCGCAAAGUAUCGAUACUUUAGAAGCAAGUGUCGAAAGUGUGACAGUGAUGCUAUUCAUACAUUGCAUAAUAGUAGUCUUGAAUCAUAUUUAAUCUUUAAGUAUCGAACGAGCGUGAGUGUCGGCAGUUGACGCUUUAUCAACACCCGUUAUCCGCGAAUAAUCGAUGGCAUCGAGGCGUCACCAGCAGAAGGAUUGAUGAGCUAAUCACGACUUUAGGGAUAAAGUAUUUAUACGGAAACCAAAAAGAGGAACUAUGUAAGAGGUCUCAAAAUGAAACGUACCAAAUAGCGCGUGCCAAUGCGCAUGACUUAACUUUUAGUCUAGCUAACGUUAUAGAAUAUCGAGCGGAGCCGUUAAGCUGCGCUUUCUGUCAAGCGAGAGAGAGAGAGAGAGAGAGAGAAUGAGAGAGAGAGAGAAAGAGAAAGAGAAAAAAGCGAUAAAACAUGAGAUUUGAUAUUUUCGGUUGUUGUCGCGCGAUACGAGGAUUCGAUCGGACGCAUCGGUUUUUUUUCAGUCUUUUUUCCCACCGUUGGACCAGCAGCUUCAGAUUGUCAUUAACUAUACCAGUUUAAUAAGUAUAGAGCUACUAUGACUAUUUGAAGGAAGUUAAUUAUAUACGAGAAUUCGGCCGAUCUCUCAUUCACGAAGAAGUGAUCGACAUAUCGGUCGCGAUAUCAGUCAAAUCUUCGGUUAUUCGCGCGACUUAUCGUAUCGCCGUGAUUGCGCGAAGCCGAUUCGAGUGCAAGGGCAAACGAUGCCUGGAAGAGAGAGAGAAAUUCUUUAUCUUGCGCAAAUUAUCCUUUGGGAAAUCGAGAAUUCACGCUGCUGCUUUAUUUGUCUUCGUAUCAGUUUCGCGCAAAUUUAAAAUUCGCGACAGGCCGAACGAUUCUGGCGACGAUGCGACCCCAACGUUCGAUCGUUAAAUCGCUAUCACGCCCGGAGAUCGUCGUCUCUCGGCUCUAGUCAACCAUCGUCGGCGACACGGUGAAACGUCUUGCGAGACGUAUGAACACGAAAAGAUCGAAGGGUCUGGGAAAGAGAGGGUUGGGGCAAACACACGUAAAAAUUUAAUUAUCUAAUGUUCAUAGAUAUCAAGCGCGCGAGACGCUGAGAAUAAUAUGUGUUAUUUUAAAAGCGCUAGGGUGCGAAUGGGGUGAUACGCGAGAAUAUAUUUGUAAGAGUCUACCGAUUUACUGCGUUACUAGCUUAUAAAUGAUUCAACAUUAAGAAAAGCGAUGUAAGCGAUGAUGUUUCUGUGUACACGUGUGGGACGCAUAAUUCCCGAGUAAGAGGCGAGAAACUUUGGCGAAACGGGCGGCAUAGGACGGAAAUGGUUGCGAGAUCGGUAUCGGAGACGGUCGUGAGCGCAACAAGUCGGCUUGAUUGAACUAUCUUAACCGUAGUUUUCAAAUGUGAGAGAUCGGUAUCCGAGAAUGAGAAGUAUUGUAAGAAAAAUCAGUAAGAUUGAUAAAAAUUAGUGAGAUAAUAAUAUUUAAUAGACCGGCAAGAAAUGAAUUGGAGGCGAUGAUCGCACAAGUCGUUACGCGAGACCGACAGAUACGAUUCAAUCGCAAUGAUGGACACGUCUCGAGUUUAUAUGUAUAUGUAUAUCGUAUAUAUGUAAAAUAUACUUACCCGAGACGUAGAGCCACGUGAUCGUGCAGAUCGGUGAGGCCUCAUGACCGUUUCCUCUUCCGCAUCUCCGUUGUUUCUCAUGGCACGCACAUGUGUAAGCGAGCUCCUCUCCCUUCGCAGCACAUUUCGCGACACACACUUCACUUUCGUUUUCAACGUCACCUCACAUUCGUCUCCCAAUCGAUCACAAUGGGUCCCGACAUCGGAUCGAGCGUGAUGAUCCGAUAUUUUGAUAAUCUCACCAGGGUGGCCUAGUUCGUACUUCAACAUCCGAAGAUUGAUUUUUUUCUGAAAAUCAAAUUCACAUAUUAAUAAUGAAAUUUGAAACGAUAAUAAUGUCUAAAGGAUGUAUGAAAUCUGUUCGAAAAAUUAGAAUAUUUUCUGAAUUAUUUAUGACGAUGAUGAGCUCAAAGAUUUAUUUUACAUGAAAUUUCUAU